AUGAAUUUAGAUUUAGGUUCUACUGUACGAGGCUAUGAAUCAGAUAAAGACACAUUUCCGCAAUCGAAAGGCGUUAGCUCAUCUCAAAAAGAGCAGCAUAGUCAACUGAAUCAGACAAAAAUAGCUUAUGAACAGAGACUUCUAAAUGAUUUAGAGGAUAUGGAUGAUCCUUUAGAUUUGUUUUUAGAUUAUAUGAUAUGGAUUAGCACCAGCUAUAUUGAAGUAGAUUCUGAAUCAGGUCAAGAAGUUCUCCGAAGUACAAUGGAAAGAUGCUUGAUUUACAUACAAGAUAUGGAAACCUAUAGGAACGAUCCCAGAUUUUUAAAAAUUUGGAUUUGGUAUAUAAAUUUGUUUCUUAGCAACAACUUCCACGAGAGUGAAAAUACUUUUAAAUAUAUGUUUAACAAGGGAAUCGGAACAAAGCUUUCGUUAUUUUAUGAAGAGUUCUCCAAGCUACUAGAAAAUGCUCAAUUUUUUCUAGAAGCAAAGGUGUUAUUAGAACUAGGGGCUGAAAACAAUUGCAGGCCUUACAACAGACUAUUAAGGUCAUUAAGCAAUUAUGAAGACAGACUCCGAGAAAUGAACAUCGUAGAAAACCAGAACAGUGUACCUGAUUCAAGGGAAAGAUUGAAGGGAAGGUUAAUUUAUAGAACAGCACCAUUUUUCAUUCGUAAAUUUUUAACCUCAUCAUUGAUGACUGAUGACAAGGAAAAUCGUGCGAACCUGAACUCUAAUGUUGGAGUUGGUAAGUCUGCUCCUAACGUAUAUCAAGAUUCUAUAGUGGUUGCUGACUUUAAGUCAGAAACAGAGAGGCUUAAUUUGAAUAGCUCUAAACAGCCCUCUAACCAACGCUUGAAGAAUGGAAAUAAAAAAACUUCAAUAUAUGCAGAUCAAAAGCAAUCUAACAAUCCAGUCUACAAACUAAUCAAUACUCCGGGACGGAAACCUGAACGGAUAGUUUUUAAUUUUAAUCUAAUAUAUCCAGAAAAUGAUGAGGAGUUCAACACCGAAGAAAUAUUGGCAAUGAUUAAGGGACUUUACAAGGUACAGCGCAGAGGUAAGAAGCACACCGAAGAUUAUACAAGUGACAAAAAUAGGAAGAAACGUAAGCUCGAUGUGCUGGUAGAGAGACGGCAAGACUUACCUUCAUCACAGCCACCCGUUGUCCCCAAAUCUACGCGAAUUGAGGUGUUUAAAGAUGACGAUAAUCCCAGCCAGAGCACACACCAUAAAAAUACACAGGUACAAGUGCAAACGACAACGUCUAUUUUACCUUUGAAGCCUGUGGUUGAUGGAAACCUCGCGCAUGAGACACCAGUGAAGCCCUCACUAACAUCCAACGCUUCCCGUUCACCUACAGUAACAGCUUUUUCAAAAGACGCUAUAAAUGAGGUCUUUUCCAUGUUCAAUCAACAUUAUUCAACCCCGGGUGCGCUAUUAGAUGGUGAUGAUACCACUACAAGUAAAUUCAACGUCUUCGAAAAUUUUACCCAAGAAUUUACAGCAAAGAAUAUUGAAGAUUUAACUGAAGUUAAAGAUCCUAAACAAGAGACGGUGUCACAACAAACUACCUCAACAAAUGAAACCAACGAUCGAUAUGAAAGAUUGUCGAAUAGUAGCACACGGCCAGAAAAGGCAGACUACAUGACGCCUAUAAAAGAAACUACUGAAACAGAUGUGGUACCUAUAAUCCAGACACCUAAGGAACAAAUAAGGACAGAAGAUAAGAAAUCGGGGGAUAAUACAGAAACACAAACUCAAUUAACAAGCACAACCAUUCAAAGUUCUCCAUUUCUCACACAACCUGAACCACAAGCAGAAAAGCUUUUACAAACUGCAGAACAUUCGGAAAAGAGUAAAGAGCAUUACCCAACGAUCAUACCUCCCUUCACUAAAAUAAAAAAUCAACCGCCUGUCAUUAUUGAAAACCCACUUAGUAAUAAUUUAAGAGCGAAGUUUUUAUCCGAAAUUUCGCCCCCAUUAUUCCAAUAUAACACCUUUUAUAACUACAACCAAGAAUUGAAAAUGAGUUCUCUAUUGAAAAAAAUCCAUAGGGUAUCCCGCAACGAAAACAAGAACCCAAUUGUUGACUUCAAGAAGACGGGUGAUUUAUAUUGUAUACGCGGAGAAUUAGGCGAAGGAGGUUAUGCCACUGUAUAUCUAGCAGAAUCUAGUCAAGGACAUCUGCGAGCGUUGAAAGUAGAAAAACCUGCAAGUGUAUGGGAAUAUUACAUAAUGAGCCAAGUGGAGUUUAGGUUGAGGAAGAGCACAAUAUUAAAGUCAAUAAUCAACGCUAGUGCUUUACACUUGUUCCUUGAUGAGAGCUACCUUGUUUUAAACUACGCCAGUCAAGGUACGGUCUUGGAUUUAAUUAAUUUACAACGGGAAAAGGCAAUUGACGGCAACGGAAUAAUGGAUGAAUAUUUGUGCAUGUUUAUCACUGUCGAGCUAAUGAAAGUACUUGAAAAGAUACAUGAAGUGGGAAUAAUACAUGGCGAUUUGAAACCAGAUAACUGCAUGAUCAGAUUAGAAAAACCAGGCGAACCCCUGGGUGCUCAUUAUAUGCGCAAUGGAGAGGAUGGCUGGGAAAACAAGGGAAUCUAUUUAAUAGAUUUCGGUAGAUCAUUUGAUAUGACACUGUUACCACCUGGAACGAAAUUCAAAUCAAAUUGGAAGGCUGAUCAGCAAGAUUGCUGGGAAAUGCGUGCGGGCAAGCCAUGGAGUUAUGAAGCGGAUUAUUAUGGAUUAGCAGGCGUCAUACAUUCGAUGCUUUUUGGAAAAUUCAUAGAAACAAUCCAGCUGCAGAAUGGACGAUGCAAAUUGAAGAACCCAUUCAAAAGGUAUUGGAAAAAAGAAAUAUGGGGCGUUAUAUUUGAUUUACUGUUAAAUAGCGGUCAAGCUUCCAAUCAAGCUUUGCCGAUGACUGAAAAGAUUGUUGAAAUAAGGAAUUUGAUAGAAAGCCAUCUGGAACAGCACGCAGAAAAUCACUUAAGAAACGUAAUUCUAAGCAUUGAAGAGGAGUUAUCACAUUUUCAAUAUAAGGGGAAACCGUCAAGGAGAUUUUAG